AUGCGUGUCUCGGCGGCUUUUCUCCUGGCAGCUGCCAGCGCCGUCCAGGGCUAUUGGAUGGAGGAGAUUGCCCACCAAGGCCUCUCUCCGUACCACGAGGACCCGGACUACCAGGUCUUCCGCAACAUUCGGGACUUUGGUGCCGUUGGCGAUGGCGUGACGGACGACACGGCUGCCAUUAACAAGGCCAUUAGCUUCGGUGUGCGAUGCGCUCCCGGCGUCUGCAAGCAAGAGACGACGUCGCCGGCCACCGUCUACUUCCCACCUGGCACCUAUCUCAUCAAUGGAUCCAUCAUUGAUUACUACUACACGCAGCUCAUCGGCGACCCGACGGAUCGGCCCGUCAUCAAGGCCGCCUCCAACUUUCCCACCGAGUCGACGCUCGGUCUCAUUGAUGGAAACCAAUAUGGUGCCAACGGUCUAGCCUAUGGUGCCACCAACACCUUCUUCCGCCAGAUUCGGAACCUCGUUCUGGACACGACGGCCAUUCCCGCCGAAAAGGCCGCCUUUGGCAUCCACUGGCCGUCUUCGCAGGCCACUGCCAUCACGAACUGUGUGUUCAAGCUCGCCGAGGGCGCCCAGAGCAAGCACGUCGGUCUCUUCAUCGAGGAGGGAUCCGGCGGUCUGCUCAAUGACCUCACAUUCGAGGGCGGCCAGUACGCCGCCAACCUCGGCAACCAGCAGUACACGGCGCGCAACUGGAAAAUCUCCAAUGCCCAGGUCGCCAUCAACCAGCUCUGGAACUGGGGCUGGACCUACAAGAGCAUCCACAUCGACAACUGCGGCACCGGCAUCCGCAUGGUCGACAAUGGGACGGCCUCGAUCACACUGCUCGACAGCGAGUUCCGCCAGGUUGAGACGGCCAUCUCCACGGCCCGCGCGUCUAACACGACGAGUAGCUCCGCAGCUGGCACGCUCGUCAUGUACAACGUCCUCUUCGAGUCGGUGGCCGAGAUUCUCACCGGACCCCAGGGUAUCAUCAUCCCUGGUACCGACGGGGCGCAAACUGUUACGAACGCCGGAUUCGCCAUGGGCCACGUCUACGACCCUUUCGGCCCCGAGGUCUUCACUGGCAACUCGCCUGCCUACUUCCCCGCGCCGCCCGCCGUGCUCCUCGACGGCGAGGGCAAGUACUAUGAGCGCUCGAAGCCGCACUACGACGAGUACCCUGUUGCGGCGUUCGUAUCGGCCCGUACCUUUGGCGCCAAGGGCGACGGCAGCACCGACGAUACGGCCGCCCUCAACAAGCUCUUUGCCCACACGGCAGCCAGCGGUCUCGUCGCCUUUGUGGACGCUGGCGCCUACUACGUGACCGACACGGUCUUCAUUCCCGCCGGUGCCCGCAUCGUCGGCGAGGCGCUAUCGUCGACGAUCCUCGGCGGCGGCCCGCGCUACAGCGACAUGAACAAGCCGCACCCCGUCGUACAGGUGGCCAACGCCGGCGACAAGGGCAGCAUCGAGUGGUCGGACAUGAUCCUGUCGACGCGCGGACCGGCGCCCGGCGCCAAGAUUCUCGAGUACAACCUCCACUCGGUCGCCGGCGAGGCGUCGGGCAUGUGGGACGUGCACAUCCGCGUCGGCGGCUUCGCCGGCACGGAUCUCCUGCUCGAGCAGUGCCCGACGUACCCGAACCGGACGGUGGCCAUCGAGCCGUCGUGCUUCGCGGCCUGGGGCAGCAUGCACAUCACGCGGCCGGCGGCGGGCCUGCUGAUGGAGAACUGCUGGGUGUGGGUGGCGGACCACGACCUCGAGGACCCGUCGUACCGGCAGAUCACCAUCUUCGCGGGCCGCGCGUGCUCGUCGAGAGCGACGAGGGCCGCCUCACCGCCUGCUGCCAGAAUCGGGGCCGGCGCGCGCUGCCAGCAGCGCAUCUUCGACAUUGGCGGCAGCCACGGCGGCUGCGUCUACGGCAACGCCACGGCGAGCGGCGUCGUCGGCUCGUCGACGGGCGUCGAGGUCUACAACCUCAACAUUGUCGGCACGAGGGCCAUGAUCACCCGCAACGGCCGGGACAUUGCGUCGUACGAUGACAACAUCGCGGGAUUCACGGCGGGGAUUGGCGUUUACAAACACGACGAGUAG